AGAAAUGGUAAAACUGAUCAAGAUGUCUUUCAAGAAAAAUCUUCCCAAUCUAAGUUGGAUGGACGCGGAGACAAUCAGAAAGGCUGAUGAGAAGGUGGAUGGUGUGGUGGACAUGAUCGGAUUCCCUGACUACAUCCUGAACCAAACAGCUCUGGAUGAACGGUAUGCAGGUGUCCGCAUCGAAGACAAUGAGUACUUUGAUAACAAUCUCCGUACGAUACAGUUCGAUAUCAUACGCGAAUUGAAACGGUUGAGGAAGAAACCGGAUAAAAAGAGGUGGAGUAUGACGCCUCCAACAAUCAAUGCAUACUACGCGCCAACAAAAAACAUGAUUGUUUUCCCGGCCGGAAUCCUACAGAUGCCAUUCUACGACAAGGACUACCCAAAGUCGCUGAACUUCGGAGGUAUAGGUGUCGUGGCUGGGCAUGAGCUUAGCCAUGGCUUUGAUGAUCAAGGUCGGGAAUACGACAAAAAUGGUAAUCUGCAUCCGUGGUGGAAUAAAGAUGUGAUCGCCCGAUUCAAAGAGAGAACGAAAUGCAUGAAGGAACAAUAUUCAUCAUAUACUAUCAAUGGAGAGCAUAUAAAUGGUCAACAGACGGUUGGUGAAAAUAUAGCCGACAACGGAGGGUUAAAGGCUGCUUAUAGUGCUUAUCAGGACUGGCGUAAAGUUCACGGGUCAGAGCACCCCCUGCCUGGGAUAAAUAUGACCGACUAUCAGUUAUUUUAUCUUGGGUUUGCUCAGGUUUGGUGCAGCAUUGCGACCAAGGAGACCUACCAUUUACAGUUAGUCAGUGAUGCACACACGCCAGCUCAGUAUAGGGUGAUUGGUUCGCUCUCCAAUUCUAAAGAAUUCGCACAACACUAUAGCUGUCCGUCAGGCACCCCCAUGAAUCCUGUGAAAAAAUGUGAGGUGUGGUGAGGUGGCGAGAUACACUUGUAUUCUACUUACGGUAAAGAUGUAAAAAGGGGAAAGUGGAAAGAGGGAAGAGGGAAGUUGAAAAUGGAAAAAUAUUGAUAUCUGAGGAAAGGCCAGGUGGUGAUUUUCAGCAACGGGUAGCAGAUGAUCAAUGAUCGAUUUUAAAACAAGCCUGACAAGUCAGCCUCUUGUAGCUACGUUUACUGCCAGUACCUUGGGUACAAAGCUUGAGCCUGCAUUGUAGGCAUUAGGGUUUUAAGAGUCGAGGGGGAUCAAUGAAGGUUUAUCUACCUGGGGGGGGGGGGGGCAAGGACUCUUGUUGUUUGGCUCCCGCUGUUCAACCACUUCUUAGAUGUUUCUUGGUUGUAAUUGGGACGACGUAAUGCCAUGUAUUCCGCCAUACAUCAUGACGUCAUUAGAAAUUUGGGUCCAUAGUACAUGAAGCAUGCCUCAUGACACUUAGGAUUGAAAUAUUGGUUCAUUGUUGUGAAGUUAAAACUUCAUCUCCUUUGCGGAGCAGGAGGAGGUGCUUUGCGGCAGACGCCAUCAGCCCUUGGUGGUCAAAUAGAAAAGUCAGAAUUUGAGGACAGGUAGCCUGACAACUCGGCAAGAAAAAUCUCAAGCUGAGUACUGCACGUAGGGUGUAAGGUGUUAGAAAUGAGUAUACCAAGGGAUGGGGUCAGUGAAGGCCUAUAAAUCUUCACUACAUAUGGGGGAGGGGGAUAGCUAUUGGCAGCAUGGUCAUGUCAGCUGCUCAUUACAUUGGAUGACUUGACUCGAAUAUGCUAUGGGCGUGCAAGGUAUAAGUGGUUUUAACAGCUCAUGUUUUAUUUGAGCCCAGCUAGUAAUUUUGAGCUAGGUUUCAGGGGUUUGGUCUUCGAAAACAAAUAAAUUCAAAUUCACUAUUGCAAUGAAACUGUAUGUCAAUACCUGCAGCCUUUAUCAAACCAAGGGAUUAUGAGUUUUACCUGCAGAUGAGCUAUUCUUUUAUUGCUCAUCACAGCGAUAAUUGUCAGGUCAGAGUGACAUAAUUUGCACAGUGCUUUAUAGAACCUGUGUGUAUUCUAAUUUGUCGGUAUGAUUCUGCAUGUUGUCUGUUUGAUGAUUGUUAAUGCCAUUGGUGUACAAUGUAUUUACUGGCACAGGAAAUAAGAAAUAAACAGUGCCGCUCAACAGUAACCAGACGUACAGAAAGAUAAAAAAUUUACCUGUCAAAGAUAUUUAUUACAGUGAAUGACUAAAAAAGAGAAAGUACAUGUACUUGGUAUCAGGAAAAAGAUAUUCAGGUUACUGUUUUGAUUCAGAAGGUCUGUGCAGGUCGAUGGGGAUAGAUCGCUGUGGUUUUGCCAUAAAGUAGUCCAUGUUAAUUUUGAAGAGUUAAUAUGAGUUGAAAUAAAUCUGCCAGGAAGGAACUUUGCCCUAUUGGUCAAACCAAUUUUGUUAAUUGGAUAGCGGAUGAGGAUGAAGUUUUUUCUUUGUCAGUGGAAGGAAAAAAUGAAAGUAAACCUCACAUGACUAUAUUACAAGAGGUCCAUGUAUUGUGAAUUAACCGUGUCAGCACACUUGAUUCCAUCCGGAUUUCUUCGUUUCUCUGUUUCUCUGUUUAUUAAUACCCCUUGUCUCGGACAAUAUUAGGCCAUUUCCCUGGAUGCAUACUUACUUCCUCAAUUGGGAAACAUGCCUUAGGAGAAGUCGUGUUGUAGAGGAUGACAUGAUUCUUGUCGACAGUGAAAGAUUUCCAAUUAUGGUAUCUAGGUCAUUCUACAGACGAUAUAUUGAUACUUAUUCUUAUAACUCGAAAAAGACUAGUGUUUUUAUGCAAAUUUCAUUUUUAUUUGUGUCGACAUGUGACUUUUGGUGCUAGUCAGUGGGUGUAUCAAAAAAAAGUAUUUUCAACUUUGGGGAAAAAGGUUCGUAGGUGAGCCCGCUAUCCAAGUUACUAAAUUUGUGUUGCCUUAUAUCAGAUAUAUGAAAUGUACAUACAAUUGUAGAAGUGGUUUGUACAUAUAGUGGAGUUAUGAGAGUCACUGCUUGAACAGCACUAAUGAUGAAUGCAAAGUUCUUGUGAAGAGGGAACUACAAAUAUGUACAGUAGCACCUCUCUAUUAAGGACACCCUCGGGACUGACAAGUGCAGUCCUUAAUAGAGAGGUGUCCUGAUUAAAGUCAAACAGAAUGGAAACACUAAAUUUGGGACCAAAACUAGUGUCCUUAAUAGAGAGGGUGUCCUUAAUAGAGAGGUUCCACUGUACAUCCAAAUAUGUGUUCAAAAUGUUGGUAGAAUGAUUGUGCUCAUUUUGUGAUGCACACAACAACUGCCCUCUCACAGGAACUCUGUAAGCUACAUAAGUGGCGAUCGACAUUAUUGCACGCUUCUCCUCCUGUCAGAGUUAUGAAGUAUGGUUUCAAGAGUAAAUAUAUAGAUAUAUAUAAAUCUCAUUUGAAAUCAACUGCAGUCAAGAAUGCUUUAGUGACAACCUGGUUUGUAUCUCGUCAACAUUAAUGUCUGAGGUGGGGUAUAGAGGUCAGUAGUGACACCAGUAGGGCAGCCACUUUGGAUGUUGGCCCCUUCUGACAUCGCCCAAGAAGUGCGCCACCUAUAAAGAAUGUCUCCGCUGAUGCUGCCACUUUUCGAUACCUCCAUUUUGGCUCCAAUGACGAGGCAUGCCGGGCGCAUGACAUCAAUUUGACGUCCUGAAUGGCAUAUAUUCCUGUGGUGACGUCAUCAGCAUGCCAUCACUAGAACUGUAGCUGUAUAUUCAUUCAAUGUGUGGUCACAAUAUAUUUCAUGUACAUCAUUAAUAGCGUUGAUUAUACUCAAGAUUUUAGAAAGUUAUUGUUUCUUGAAUGUUCUAUAUUUUGAUAUGUGUAUAUUACUCAAGUUUCAUAUUCUUAAAAAUCUCUCAAUUUUUGUUCCUGACCGUAGUUAAUGUUCAAGUUUUUAGCGAUUAAGAUCCGAGGGAUAGUUCCUUCGAGUUAGGGCGGUAUUAGAAUUCUAAUGAUUGAUUGAUUGAUUGAUUUUAAUCAUCAAAGUUGCAGUAUAUCUCGUGUUCAUUAUUGGCCCAAUUUGUUCACCUAAAACUUGACAGUAAGAAGUGGAGUGCAAAUUUGAUUUGACCAUUGUUAUAUUUGCAUUCAAGAUAGUUCAAAAGCUCGUGGUGAAAAGCCAGAAAUUUAGAAAUAUGUAUCAACAAAGAAAACGAGUUUUGAGACCAAGACGCUAUACGACAUCAUCUAUAGAGGGCAGCUCUGUGUUGCAUCAGAAACUGUACACAAACAUUACACCAACUGUCAGUAUACACUUUUGGAAGUAUCACCUGUAGCACUGCCUAUACAGGAACUAGGUGACAAAUACCUUUAGUAGUGAUGGCCAAGAAUGAUUUGUGGGUAAUCAUCCAAGAAAUUUAUGACUCAAACCAUACAUGUAGCGUGAAAUUACUCUAGUUUCGCACGCCCAACCUCCACUGUGGUAAGCCAGUGUAUGUGUACAUUUUGGGGGCCCACGACGGGAGUGAGUUUCAUUAGGCCUAUAUACUUGAUUGACUAGCAGCAAUAUGAGCUUGAAAAGAAGGCCUAUAAAUUACCCCAUUACGGGCCUAGAAAUGUGCAUUAUGUAAAGAGCUACCCUUAACUUUGUUAACUAGUUAAUUAGUUUGUGAUGAUAAACUGGACGUUACUCAGCUGUUGCCAUGGAAACGGCCUGUAUCUCAGAAUAUGUAUUUUUCAUACAGAAUCUUAGUGAAAUGUGAUAAGAACUGUAAAUAUAAAUGAUUGUUGUAAUAAAAUGGAUGUAUUUACAUAUAAAA